AUGCAUGGAUGUCUAGCUGAUUGCGAAGUCCGUGGUGGAAGACGCGCUGAAGAAGACAGAGGGUGCGGAUUGGGCGGACUCGCGGCGGCUUACUGUCUGGGACAAGCUGGGCAUAAGAUUACGGUAUUAGACAGUGCGCACGCGAUUGGAGAGGUUGGCGCCGGCAUUCAAGUUACGCCGAAUGUUAACAGGUUACUGUUCCGGUGGGGGCUUAGACAAGUCUUGGAGGAGGUUGUAGUGACGCCGGAAGCGCUCGCAUUCCAUCGAUGGGAAACCGGUGAAAGGAUCGCGUACACAAGAUGGGGAAAGAAGAUAGAGGAGGACCACGGCGCCCCGUACUAUCAUAUUCACCGUGCCGACUUUCACAAGAUCUUGUUCGACCUGGCAUCUCCUCACAUGAGCCUCCGCCUCAAGUCCCGAGUUGUCGCUAUUGACCCUUCGGUACCCAACCUCACUCUCGAAUCGGGUGAAGUCAUCAAGACUGAUCUCAUCGUCGGGGCAGACGGGGUCAAGUCGUUCGUCAGAGAAGUGGUCAUAGGUGGACCGGAUAAACCGGUGCCUACUGGCGAUGCUGUAUACCGGGCCAUUGUGUCGACGGAUGAGAUGAUUAAGGAUCCCCAGCUCAGAAGCCUCGUUGAUAUACCCGAGAUGUGUGGGUGGAUGGGACCGGGCAGGCACAUUAUGGCUUACAACAUUCGAGCGAAGAAGGAGUACAAUUUGGUAAUGGCUUACCCAGACGACGGGUCGACCGAAUCCUGGACGGCGGAAGGUAAUCCUGAUCAGAUGAGGGGUCUGGUCGCAGGUUGGGAGCCCCGAGUGCAGAAACUUUACGGCCUUGUAAAAACGGCGUUGAAGGGGAAGUUGAUGGACCGCGCACCGCUGGAUACGUGGAUUCACCAAGAUGACAAGGUGAUAUUACUGGGGGACGCGUGCCAUCCUAUGCUUCCGUACCGCGCGCAAGGAGCGGCAAUGGCGAUUGAAGACGGUGCUGUCUUGGGCAACUUGUUCUCUCGCCUGGAGAACCCCGCCCAGGUCCCGAAACUCAUCCACGCAUAUGAAACCUUACGGCUGCCUCGUGCUUCCGCUACACAAGCAUCUGCACGGCUGAACCAGAAGAUAUUCCACCUUCCCGAUGGGCCUGAACAGGAAGUGCGCGAUGAGUCUAUGAAGCAGGCAAUGCGCAUUGAGCUCGGACAAGAGCCGAGCGGCGAGACGUUGGAGGGCAAUGCAAACCAGUGGGCGGACAAGUCGAAGAACGUCGUGCAAUUCAGUUAUGAUGCAGAUGAAGAGGUAAACCGGUGGUGGGCGGAGCACGGCGAGGAGGUCCUUAGUGUGAGGAGUUCAUUGGCAAGCAAGAUGUAA